AUGAGACUACCACUGUUGGCGCUCGUCGUGCUCGCAUUCGCCGAAGCGCGACACGCCGCAUCAGUGCCUGGUUGUCCAGAUUUAGAUGUAUUGGAAGCACAAAUCGACCCAAAUACAGACUUCUUCAAUAGUCUAAUACUAUGUUUCUGUAAGAUUCAACCGAAUGGAACAAUCGACAUUUCAUGUUUGUACGGUUCAACACUGGAGCAUCUACGUAAGGCUACUGAUGCUGUUAAGGCGGCUAACCUUACCACUACCAAGAUCACUUUUCAACACAUCGAAUUCGCUGAUUCUCGUUUACCAGCAUUUGCCGAAUUUGCUCCAACUCUUACCAGCCUCGAGAUCCGCGAGUGCACAAACCUCGAUGUACUUGUAGUGCCGGAGGCGACAUUUGAGGGUUUGGAAACUACGAUGAAGAACCUCACUAUCGAUUCUUGCAACCUCAAACUUCGAUACCUCGACUUAUCCGGUAACUUCAUAACUAACGUCGAAACUGGCUCAUUCGAACGUAUGAAGAAAGUCGAAACAUUAAUCAUUGGCGAACACAACUACGUCAAUGACACUCUUAUCGAUGCGAUAUCAAACCUUAAGUCACUGAAGACACUUGAUUUAUCACGUGCUGAUGGAAUCUUCGAACCUCCUAUGGAACUUUUUGAUGCCUUAAAACAACUAGAAGUUCUUAAACUUAGCGGAUGUAGUAUUCCAUCCCUAGAACCCGGCAUAUUCUCAUCUUUAAGGAAUUUAACGCAGUUAAGGAACCUCGAGAAGGAGAUGUGGGCAGGACUUGAUGCUUUGGAAGAAAUCGACCUUGGAUGGAAUGAAAUUCGUGAAGUACCUGAAAACGUUUUUUCGCCACUAAGUGAAAAUCUACUGACACUCAACUUCCGUCACAACCCACUUAAAUCCAUUCCUUCUACCGGCCUCAAAAACUUACGAUCGCUGGUCCUAAGCGAGUGCCCACUUACAAAUCUUGUUCCAGAAAACUUGAAGGACUACACUGCUUUAGAAACACUUGACGUCUCAAAGUGCAAUCUUACUACGAUACGACCAGAUGCAUUUGUUAAUCAGAAGAACUCACUUAAGACGCUUCAUCUUGAGCGCAACAAACUUAAAACUCUCGAUCCUAAGCUCCUACGAGAUCUCCAAGCACUCAAGGUACUUGACAUCUCUGAAAACCCUUUCAUCUGCGAUGACGAAAUCAAGGAAUUCAUAUUAGCUAUCGAGGAUCGUUACAAGGAAGCUGCUAAAGAAAGCAAAGAAUUCAUUAUGGUUAAUGCUAAUGGGACCGCCUGUGAUCGACCUUAUACACUAAAGCACCAGCCUCUUCUGGACGUCAACGUCGAUGAGUUACAACCAGAUCUCUUCGUCGGUACUAAAACAAACGAAACUCUAUUCAAGGAAGAACCACGCCGUGAAGUAUAUGACUUCAAUAAAGCUAACGAUUCGAAAGAUGCCAUACUACAACAAGAAGGAAAAAAGAACUACGUAAUGCCGGUAACGAUAAUUGUGAUCGGGCUCGUAUCAAUUAUUGCCGUUGUCGCAGUAGGACUAUUCAUGAAGGUCAGCAGCUUAUGUAAAAACCACACUGAAUGUUGA